UCACCUUAUUAAUUAUUUAUGCCGUAGCACGGCCUCUCACUGAUUAUUUCCUCCUCUUUUUUUUAUUGUAUUAAUUAUCAGUACUCAGUAUUUUUAACGGUAAGUUAUUUUCAUUUUGAACUAGUGCGAUCUGUUGGUUUAUCAUUUCAUGUUCAUCAUUUUAUUCAGGAACAAUGACAGAGAAGAAACCUCCUGUUGCUGCUGGAGAUUUAUCCAGUGACAUCAAAGAAUACAUCUGGGAAAUGAUCCAAAAUUUGAAUGUUCCAACUGUGCUUGUUGGAUUAGGCGUGAUCGUAACCGUUGGUUUCGCAAUCUCUGUCAUCCUCUCUGAAAUCAGCAAAGAAAAAAGAAAAGCUGCCAAGAAAGCUGCUAACCCUAAAACACUGACUGAUCCUAAUGUUAAAGUUCCUUUAAAGUUGGUUGAGAAACAUGAGAUCAGUCAUGAUACUAGACGUUUCAGGUUCGGUUUGCCUUCUCCGAAACACGUCUUAGGACUUCCAAUCGGACAGCACUUAUCUCUCUCCGCUCAGAUCAAUGGAAAUCUGGUGGCCAGAUCAUACACGCCUGUCUCAAGCGAUGAUGAUGUCGGAUACAUGGAACUCGUCAUCAAGGUCUAUUUCAAAGGAGUCCACCCGAAAUUCCCUGAUGGAGGUAAAAUGAGUCAGUAUCUGGAGGGUAUGAAAAUUGGCGACUCAAUCGAUGUCAGAGGUCCAUCCGGCAGACUUAUCUAUCUAGGCAGAGGCCAGUUUCAGAUUAUUGUCAAUCGUAAAGAACCUCCAGUUAUAGUUAAAGUGGAUCAAGUCUCUAUGAUUUCUGGUGGGACUGGAAUUACACCUAUGUAUCAGCUUGUCAAACAUGUUCUGAAAGAUCCAGAAGAUAAAACAAAACUUGCACUCUUGUUUGCAAAUCAGUCAGAAAAUGAUAUUCUGUUGAGGGAUGAAUUGGAAAAGGUUGCAGAAGAACAUCCAGACGUUUUCAAAGUAUGGUACACAGUAGACAGACCAUCUGAAGGGUGGAAGUACAGUGUAGGAUUCGUAUCUGCAGAAAUGAUAGCCAGUCAUCUGUUCCCUCCAGCAUCAAAUAAUCUAGUUCUAAUGUGCGGACCUCCGCCAAUGGUGAAUUUUGCCUGCAGUCCAAAUCUUGACAAAUUAGGAUAUGAUCCAAAAUUACGCUUUGUAUACUAGAUAAGCUAGAGUACAUAUUUAUUUUUCUUCUGUCUUUGACUUGCAUUUACUUAACUUUUGAAAAAGAAUUUAAAAACAGUUAAUUUGUAAGAGAGUUUUUUUUCCUUCUGUCUAGAAGAGCGAAAUUUUAGGAAACAAAUUUAGAAUUUUUUAUUUUUAGCAUGCUUCUCAGCAUUUCUUGCCCUUUCUCUUAAUCAAAUUCUUCAGAUUGCAGGCAAGAUUUUAAAAAAAAUUUCUUCAUAGAAAUAAGAUUAAGUCCUGGUGAAAGCUUGCAAAGUUUUUGAUCUCUUGUUUUUGCAAGUCUCUUUUUUGUUUGCCUUUUUUUAUGAAUGGUUCCUCUUUUUAAAAAAUCAUCUAUUAACUUUUUUUUUAUUUUAUCUCUAGUUUAACCUAGGUUACAUUUUUUUUUACUUUUUACAUCGGUCACAUACAAAUUCAAUUUGUAGUUAAAUUUGUAAAUGUUUUAUCUCCUUUAAUUAGUGAGGUAUUGAAAUGUCAUGUCUGUUAAGAAACAGUCUCGAUUAAACCAGUAUUUAUUUAAGUGGCAACUAGUAUUUCUCACCCUCUUGGUUGCAAGUAUAUUGAAAAUAAUGUAUCUUUUGUUGCAAACCAAAAAAUUGUAUUAAAGUAAGCGUGGCUUUCAUCGCUUUACCCUCUUUGAUGUUCUGAAUUAUUAUUUUUCAUCAAAGCUGUAUCUGUAGAUAUACUGGAUGUAUUUCUAUAAUUUUCUGGGUUUUUACAGGUUCUCUUCUUGAGAAUAAUGUCAUUAAAUUUUCAACUUAUAGCCCAUGUUCUUUCUCUUGCUAAGAAGCGGCCCUCUGAGGGUGUGGAGUGCCUAAAGGAGGUAAACCAAGGGAGGGGGGGGGAGUUAAUUUACAUUACUUUUCUGCUGUACUACAAAUUCAACAUUUCACAAGAAGUAAAUUUAUUAAAACUUCUCCUACCUUUAUAAUUGUUUUUAUGAAAGUCAUUGUUAGAUUCAGUGCUACUUACCCUCUAAACAAUAAAACAAUUUCUUGCUUUGAGCAAAAUUAUUAUUACAGCUUAUUUCUUUCUAGUGUUUUAUUCUUUUCCAAAAACAGAAAUAUUUCUCUCACAAACCGUAGACUUUCAGUCGUAUUUGAAUUAAAAAAAUCAUUGAUCUUUCCAGGAUCAGUAUCACAAGGAUCAUUGAAAAAUCCUUUAACACCGUACUACUUUGAUGAAUAGCUCAAGUUAAAUCCCCCCUUCUUCUGAAGAUUAUGUUCUGUUAAUUUUUUUGAUGAAGAUUAUGUUCUGUUAAUUUUGUACCAUCAAAACCUAAAUGCCAAGGCUAACCAUCACGUAGUGAUUGGAUUAUGUGACAGUAUUUCAUUAAAUAAAGAAGUAAAUCAAUU